AAAGUGUCCUCCAUCUUCCAGAAACACACACACAGACACCACUACAACCAGCAGCAGCAGCUCCUCAUCCAUGCAUUAGCCGAGCUGCACACAUGUGUGUCGGCUGCAGGAGAGACCAACACGGAGGAGACAAAAAACCAUCAUGGCGACCACCUUCAGGUCUCAGACUCUCAGCAAAGAUGAUGUCAACUACAGGAUGCAUUUCCGCAUGAUCAACGAGCAGCAGGUGGAGGACAUCACCAUCCAGUUCUUCUACAAACCGCACACCAUCAGCCUGCUGACCGUCACCGUGCUCAGCCUCAUGUACUUCGCCUUUACGCGAGAUGACGGAGACCCUGACAGUAACCUGCGGGUGGGCCUGAUCCUGCUCGUCUCCUUCUUCCUGGUCAUCAGUGUUCUGGCUUUCCCAAACGGUCCGUUCACCAGGCCUCAUCCAGCAAUAUGGAGAAUAGUGUUCGGUCUGAGCGUUCUCUACUUCCUCUUCCUGGUGUUCAUCAUCUUCCUGAACUGGGAUCAGGUGAAGGCUCUGAUGUUCUGGCUGGAUCCAAACCUGCGCUACGCCAAACGAGAAGCAGACGUCAUGGAGUAUGCAGUGAACUGUCAUGUGAUCACAUGGGAGCGAAUCCUGAGUCACUUCGACAUCUUCGCAUUCAGUCAUUUCUGGGGCUGGGGGAUGAAGGCUCUGCUGAUCCGCAGCUACGGCCUGUGCUGGACUAUCAGCAUCACCUGGGAGCUCACUGAGCUGUUCUUCAUGCAUCUUCUUCCUAAUUUUGCGGAGUGCUGGUGGGAUCAGGUGAUUCUGGACAUCCUGCUGUGUAACGGAGGGGGAAUCUGGCUAGGCAUGACCGUCUGCCGCUUCCUGGAGAUGCGCACAUACCACUGGGCCAGUAUUAAAGACAUUCACAGCACUACAGGGAAGAUCAAGCGAGCGGUUCUUCAGUUCACUCCGGCCAGCUGGACAUAUGUGCGCUGGCUCGACCCGAAGUCCUCUCUGCAGAGGGUGAUGGGAGUUUACCUGUUCAUGAUUAUCUGGCAGCUGACGGAGCUCAACACUUUCUUCCUGAAGCACAUCUUUGUUUUCCCGGCAUGCCACGCUCUCAGCUGGUGCAGGAUCCUGUUCAUCGGCAUUAUCACUGCUCCAACUGUUCGACAGUAUUAUGCGUAUCUAACAGACACUCAGUGUAAGCGUGUCGGGACUCAGUGCUGGGUGUUUGGUGCAAUAGCCUUUCUGGAGGCGCUGGCGUGUAUUAAAUUUGGACAAGAUUUAUUUUCCAAGACGCAGAUUCUCUAUGUGAUCCUGUGGCUUGUGUGUUUGGCGUUCAUCACAUUCCUGUGUCUGUAUGUGAUGGUGUGGUACGCUGAAAACUACGGCCCCCGACAGAAGAGCUUCUCGGAGUGUGAGGACAGUAUUUACAGUGAGGCGGGUGACAGCGUGACCGAAUGCAAAGGGGAGUUUGAAAUAGACAGCACGACUUCCUGUUCCACCAGGAAGCGGAGAGAUUCAGGAGACAGCAGGACCAUCAAUGGCAUGGAGAAAUGAAGAGCUGGUCUUUAUUGAGGAACAUUUGCACGUGAUUGGCUCCGGCUGGAGGAGCAGCAGUGAUGAUGAUGGUGAUGAUGAGGGUGAGACGGUCUCAGGUUUGGUCCAAUAUUUCAGAUGUCAGAGCGGCUUCAACACCGCCGACCUGCGAGAGGCAAUAGUGUGUGUGUUUGUGUGUGUGUGGUUUUCAGAGACUGGUUAACCAGGUCGGAUCCCGAGCAGUGAUCUCCAGUAGCAUGCGGGACUCGUUAGUGUUGCUGCUCGUUACUGUAUGUUAUGUCGCCGGUGUAUAUUACGCAUCCCAUUUCAUGUGUUAUUAUUCAUAUCAUAAUGUGACUGUGAUAAAGUCAACAUGAGACCAGUGUUUACCCUUUUACUUUCUUGUUUUUGUGAACGUUUUUAAAUAAAUCAGUGAAUAAAGUUGGCAUUUUAAUCGAUCAUUAAAUGUAAAAGUAA